UUUAUAGUAUGCUUUUCUCAGCACUGAGUAGUAGCUGCACCCAGUGCCCGCCUCCUCUCGCUCACUCUCUCUCUCUCUCUCUCUCCUCUAGUUCAACCGUAGCUGGUCGUUGUGUCAAGGGGUGAAUACCGAAGAAGGGGUAGGUAGCAUCGUAAAAAAUGGAGAAAAAGCAGGGGUUCUUCUCGGAGAUGGUGAGGGGCCUCUCCCCGGCGAGGUCGAGGGGCCGGAGCAAGUCGAGGAGCGUUUCGCCCGGGUCGGGCCUCCUGCGACGGCGCAGGGGCGCCGCGCACCACGCGGCGCCUCCGGAGCCGUCGGUUUCGAGAUCGGGGAGCAUGAGGCCGCCGCCGGAGGCUCUGUCGCCGUUGAUGGAGGGCCCGGAUCCGGAGGGAACGGACGGCGGAGAUUCGAGGAUGGAGAGGUGGGGCCACUGGAUGAAGGGACAGUUGUGUAGGGCCCCCUCCCACGUCUCCUCCUCGUCCUCCGCCGCCGCGGCGUCAGCCCAACGGUCGGAUCUGAGGUUGCUGCUUGGUGUCUUGGGUGCGCCGCUGGCUCCGGUGCACGUUAGCAACAGUGACCCUUUGCCUCACCUGAGCAUUAAGGACAUCCCCAUUGAAACUUCAUCUGCUCAGUACAUACUGCAGCAGUACACAGCAGCUUGUGGAGGACAAAAGCUCCAAAACUCUGUUCAAAAUGCUUAUGCUAUGGGUAAGGUGAAGAUGAUAGCUUAUGAUAUUGAGACAGCCACGAAGGUCAUAAAGAACCGGAAUUCCUCCAAACCCUCUGAGUCUGGCGGGUUUGUGCUUUGGCAAAUGAAUCCAGAUAUGUGGUAUGUUGAGCUAGCUCUUGGCGGCAGCAAGAUUCACGCAGGAUGUAACGGGAAGCUCGUGUGGAGGCACACACCGUGGUUGGGUCCUCAUGCUGCAAAAGGGCCUGUUAGACCCUUGCGCCGUGCACUGCAGGGUCUUGACCCGAGAACCACGGCGAGCAUGUUUACUAAUGCAAGAUGCAUUGGGGAAAAGAAGAUCAAUGGUGAGGAUUGCUUCAUCCUCAAGCUUUGUGCUGAUCCGCACACAUUGAAGGCCAGGAGUGAAGGGCCGGCAGAGAUCAUUAGGCAUGUCUUGUUCGGCUACUUCAGCCAGAAAACCGGUCUCCUUGUACACUUGGAAGACUCCCAUUUGACUCGCAUCCAAACCAAUGGAGGAGAUGCUGUAUAUUGGGAGACCACAAUCAAUUCUUUCCUUGAUGAUUACAGAUCCGUUGAAGGAAUCAUGAUUGCUCACUCUGGACGAUCGGUGGUGACCCUUUUCAGGUUUGGAGAGACAGCAAUGAGCCAUACUAAAACUAGAAUGGAAGAGGCAUGGACGAUUGAGGAAGUGGCCUUUAAUGUUCCUGGAUUGUCUUUAGAUUGUUUCAUUCCUCCUGCUGAACUGAGAUUCAGUUCUAUUAGUGAAGCAUGCGAGUUACCUCAGGGAGAAAGGGUGAGGACUGCUGUGAAAGCUACAGCAGCUUAUCGAGCAAAAGUUGUGGCACUGGAGAAAACAAAAGAGAAUGUCAUUGGCAGUAAUGGCAAUAAUAUUGUCUUGAAGAUGGAUAUUUAGGAAAAAGGGUGCUAGCUUCUUUAUGUAAAACUACUGACAAGGUGAAGAUAAGUUUAUAAGUUUAGGAACUCGGAUGAUUGAGAAAUUUUGAAGUUGGAUGCAAAGUUUCUUCAAAUGUGUAUAUACAGUGUAAUUGCUUUCGUUCUCUUAUGAACCUGGUUAGAUUUUUAUACUUCCAAUCAAGAGUUUCAUUACGGAGUCACA